UGGGCUCACGGCAAUGGAGCGGCGGAAUAUGGCCGAUUCCUCUGCUUUGCUGCUCCCGCUGGUUUUGCUGAACAGGUCCAGAUCUCCCUGUGCUGGAGCAGAGCUUCCUGUGGCCGUAGCACCUGCCACAGCCCCUCCGGCGGAGCUGGCUUGAGCGCUCCCAGCUGCCUUACUGGAACUGACCUGGUUUGUGUUGGUGUGUUUAUUUGUAUCCGCUGUGCUGGAAUACACCGGAACUUGGGAGUGCAUAUAUCACGCGUCAAAUCAGUCAACUUGGACCAAUGGACCCCCGAGCAGAUACAAAGUGUGCAGAGCAUGGGCAACACCAAGGCAAGACAGCUGUAUGAAGCUCAUCUCCCAGAAAACUUCAGACGGCCGCAAACUGACCAAGCUGUGGAGUUCUUCAUCAGGGACAAGUAUGAGAGGAAGAAGUACUAUGAUAAAAAUGCUGUCAACGGAGCCAUUAAGUCCUCUGAUGCUGCUUUGCCCUCAGUAUCGUCUCCUCCUUCGCAAGCAGCCGAGAAAAGCAAACUGGAGAAGGAGAGAGAGAAGAAAAAGGAGGAGAAGAAGAGGGAAAAGGACACAGAUAAAGGGAACAAGCCAGCAGUUUUUGAGAAGAAAAGAGAGGACAACCAGACAGACUCCAGACUCAGUCCUAAGAAGAGUGCAGAGCCUGCCAUCGACCUGUUAGGCCUUGAUGCACCCACAGCCAGCUCUUCCAGCAGUGGGGCAGGAGCAAGCAGCGCAGCUCCAAUCAGUGAUGACUUAGACAUCUUUGGACCAAUGGUAUCCAACCCUCUGCCCUCAAACACCAACACAAACAAGAGUCCAGGAUGGAGUGCCCUCUAG